AUGGGAGUCUCCUCCCUCCUCUCCGGACUCAACGCGCGUAUCAAAGGCUCAAUCAUCAACUCCCUGACUCUUCCAAACGGACGGACGACCUCGGAUCUCUCCACCAUGACCAUCAUAUGUUCCAACUUCUUCCAGAACCUGUACAGCGGAAGCACCCCUGUCACCCCUAACCCAUCCUUCUGGCAACAUAUUCCCCCAUCCUCCAUCCCGAACCCCUUACUCCUCCGCCUCAGUGCCCCCUUUUCCCUGGCCGAAAUCGGAACAGCACUCCUCUCUCUUUCACGUGGAAAAACCCCUGGCCCAGAUGGCCUCCCCGGGGAGCUUUUUCGACAAUUCUCCCCGCGUUUCGCCCCGGCCUUCCACUCCCUACUCUCACCAGCACACCCACUCUCUUGCCUCCCUCCAUCUAUGCUGUCCGGACGAACGGUCCUUAUUCCUAAAAGAGGGGACCCUUCGCUUGUGGAAAAUCUCCGCCCCAUCACACUAAUGAACGCUGAUUACAAGGUACUCGCGCUGUGCCUUGCUAACCGUCUUCAGCUCGUCCUUGCUUACUGGGCGGCCUAUUCCUCAUCCCCCCUUCUCGCUCUCACUGUGGACUUUCGCAAAGCCUACGACCUCGUUGAUAGGCCUUUCCUCCUCCAUGCCCUAUCCGUCCUGGGCCUCCCCGCAUCCUUCAUCCACUGGGUUCGUCUAAUAUGUAUCUCGGUUAACAAUAUGUACACACGUAUCUCGGUUAACAAUAUGCUCGGCCCCACCUUCCCCGUCCGCACUGGUGUCCGUCAGGGCUGCCCACUGGCUCCCUUGCUCUUCGUCUGCGUCAUGGAGAUCUUUCACCGGUACAUGUCCCUCUUCCUCCCUGGCUUUGCCUUGUCCCCUGCACAACGCCGGCUUAUGGCGUGCUACGCAGACGACGUCACUCUCUUCCUCACCUCUGAUACAGAGCUUGGGCUUGUUUUAGUGCUGCUCGGCGUCUUUGGAUCGGUCUCCGGAACAAGUGCUCCACCACUUGGAAUAAAGCACUUGCCCGCAUACAAAGUACCGCCAAGUUCCUGGCAGCUUUACACGCAACUGUCACGUUCCGCAAAUCACUUUCCUCGAUCUUCCUAA